AUGUUAAAAAAAAUUGCGAGAUUUCUUUUCUCACGCGAAAAGAUCCAAUAUGACGUACUUAUAGUUGGAGCAGGGCCAGCAGGUUUAUCAGCAGCAAUAAGAAUUAAAGAGUUAGAUUCUAACAAGUCGGUUGUUGUGAUCGAGAAAUCAGGAACUUUAGGUGGACACAUUCUAAGUGGUAAUUGCUUUUAACCUACAGCAAUGAAUGAAUUAUUUCCAAAUUGGGAGAAAAUGGAAAAUGUAUAAUUGCCAUUACAUUAAAAUUUAGAAACCACCUUUAGAUACUCCAGUUACAGAGGAUCACUUUCAUAUACUUUGGAAUGAAAAAUUGAGUUUUUAGAUUCCACAUGUGUUUUAUCCAUCUACAAUUAGAAAUCAUGGAAACUAUGUAAUAAGUUUGGGUGAUUUGUGUGUAUGGAUGGGUGAAUAAGCCUAAGCUUUGGGAGUAGAUAUAUUUACAAGUACAUCUGGGGCAAGAGUGAUUUUUGAUGAAAAAGAUAGAGUAAUAGGAGUUGCAACAGGGGAUAUGGGAAUAGGUAAAAAUGGAGAAAAGAAAUCUAAUUAUUAAGAGGGAAUAGAUAUUAUAUCAAAUUAAACAAUACUCUGCGAAGGAACAAGAGGUUCAAUCACUGAGAGAGUUAUUGAAAAAUACAAGUUAAGAAAAAGUACACAUUAUUAAUAUUUAUUAGAUUGUGAGCCUUAAUCUUAUGGAAUAGGAUUAAAAGAAGUCUGGGAAGUACCCCCAGAAGAUUUUAAGUCUGGUUUAGUUUAGCAUACAGUUGGAUGGCCGCUAUGUAGAAAUACAUAUGGAGGAUCAUUUUUAUAUCAUAAGAAUACUAACUAAGUACAUUUAGGAUUGGUUGUGGGAUUAGAUUAUCCCAAUCCAAAUUUAAGUCCAUAUUAAGAGUUUUAAAAUCUGAAGAGACAUCCAAAAAUCUCAAGAUACCUUAAGAAUGGAACCUGUAUAAGCUAUGGUGCAAGAGUUUUAAAUGAAGGAGGAUACUUUUCAAUUCCUAAAUUAACAUUUCCAGGAGGCAUGUUGGCUGGUUGUUCAGCUGGAUUUCUAAAUGUUAUGAAGAUUAAGGGAUCUCAUAAUGCUAUGAAAUCAGGAAUGUUGGCAGCAGAAACUAUUUGUGCUAAACAAAAUGUAGAACCAGGUUCGGAAUUAGUUGAAUAUGAGGAUGCUGUUAAAUCAUCUUGGAUUUAUGAUGAAUUAUAUAGAUCAAGAAACUUCAAGGGUUCAUUUUAAUAUAAUAUUUAUUCUGGAUUGAUAUAUGGUGCUUUUGAUGGUUUUAUCUCAAAAGGAAGGGAACCUUGGAAUAUCAAAUCACACGUCAAAGAAAGUGAAUCUUAUCUGACUAAAGACUAGGCUCCUUAGAUUAAAUAUGAGAAACCAGAUGGAAAAUUAAACUUUGAUUUAUUAGACAACUUAGCAAGAAGGUAUUUAUAUAUCAUUAUUUGUAAAGUGGGACCAACCAUGAACAUGAUCAACCAGCUCAUCUUAAAGUAAUCAAAGAGACUGGACCUAAUGAAAGUUUGAAUUUGUAUGAUGGCCCUGAAUAAAGAUUUUGUCCAGCCAAAGUCUAUGAAUUUAUUGAUACUAAAGAAGGCAAAAAACUAUAGAUAAAUGCUUAAAAUUGCCUACAUUGUAAGACUUGUGACAUCAAAAUGCCCAAAGAUUAUAUUAGAUGGACUGUUCCAGAAGCAGGAGGAGGACCAAACUAGUAAUCAAUUUAAAUAUAUUAUUUAGUUGUGGCAUGUGA